GAACUCAAGACUCAAAAACAUCUCCUCUUCUCUCAACUCAAGAAAGUUCUCAACGAAGACGUCAUUCGGCGCCGCAAUCGAGACCUCCAGUGGUCGGCCGACGCUCUCUACGCGGCCGCAGAGCUGCCGCCGCCCGCACCCCCUCUCGGCCUCCCGUUUGCGCCGCCCUUCGCGCCGAACGCCUUCUUUCGCGCGCAGACCUCUCAACCACAAUAUAAGCCGACGUUUGCGGCGACGAAAGCGCCGCCUGUCGUACGGAAGCGAUCGCACGAACAGACGACGACACCGACGACGACGACUGGACGACAGCCGCACGACGACUACAAGAGCGUCACAUAUACGCCGCAAAUGGGCAAAAUGGAGUUCGCGACCAAUCAGAGCGCGUACUACGGAAUGAUGACGUCAUCGGGAAAUCGCAAAUAUUUUUAAAUAAAAGCUUUAAUUACAAGAAUUUACAAUAAAAUUAAGUGGACUUCGAGUCCGCGAGACCGUAGAG